UGUCUUUCAGCCUCGCGCUCCCAAUAAAGCUUGGCUGUUGAAGUUGAAAGCGAGCAAGGGGAGACUGGGGUGCGGUGGUUCUGCGCCUGCGCACUGCAGCCGGCAGGUGGCGGGUGUUGUUGUUCGGCGGUAGAGGCGGCAAGAUGGCGGCGCCCGGGGGCUCCGCUGCCGCCUCAGCGUUGAAGGGGUUAAUCCAGCAAUUCACCGCCAUCACGGGUGCCACUGAAAGUGUAGGCAAGCAUAUGCUUGAAGCAUGCAACAAUAAUCUGGAAAUGGCUGUCACUAUGUUCCUUGAUGGUGGAGGGAUAGCAGAAGAGCCCAGCACUAGUUCUGCAAGUGUAUCAAACCUUCGACCACAUACAGAAGAUGAAGUAAGAGCACCUAUUCCUCAAAAACAGGAAAUUUUGGUAGAACCUGAGCCUUUAUUUGGUGCUCCAAAAAGACGCAGACCUGCUCGUUCAAUAUUUGAUGGUUUUCGGGAUUUCCAGACAGAAACAAUUCGGCAGGAACAAGAGUUGCGGAAUGGAGGAGCAAUAGACAAGAAACUCACCACCCUUGCAGAUCUCUUCAGGCCUCCAAUUGAUCUGAUGCAUAAAGGAAGUUUUGAAACGGCCAAGGAGUGUGGUCAGAUGCAGAACAAGUGGCUCAUGAUUAACAUACAGAAUGUGCAAGAUUUUGCCUGUCAGUGUCUCAACCGUGACGUUUGGAGCAACGAGGCUGUGAAAAACCUUAUCAGAGAGCACUUCAUUUUCUGGCAGGUGUACCAUGACAGUGAGGAAGGACAACGAUACAUACAGUUCUAUAAACUAGCAGACUUCCCUUAUGUGUCUAUCCUGGACCCUAGGACAGGACAGAAGCUAGUUGAGUGGCACCAGCUAGAUGUAACUUCUUUUUUGGACCAAGUGACUGGGUUCCUAGGUGAGCAUGGACAACUGGAUGGACAUUCCACUAGCCCUCCCCAGAAGCGUUCACGUUCUGAGAGUCUCAUUGAUGCGAGUGAAGAUAGCCAGUUGGAAGCUGCCAUCAGAGCAUCUUUACAGGAGACACAUUUUGACUCUGACCAGGUCAAGCAGGAAAGCAGAUCAGAUGAAGAGUCUGAAUCGGAGCUUUUCUCUGGAAGUGAGGAAUUUAUUUCUGUUUGUGGUUCUGAUGAUGAUGAGCCAGAGAAUCCUGCCAAGUCUAGGAAAUCUCCACAUAAGGAUUUGGGCUGUAGGAAAGAGGAAGGCAGAAGGCCCCAACCUGAGCCCACAGCAAGGACUGAACCAGAGGUGGUAACAAACCACCGAGGACUAUCUUGCAUGGAUUCUGGGGUAAUAGAGGAGAUUGGGGCUAACCCAGAAGCAGCAGUGAAGGAACUUAAUGUGAACGGACCAAAGGCACAGCUAAUGCUAAGGUAUCCAGAUGGGAAGAGGGAACAAAUUUCACUGCCCGAACAAGCUAAGCUUCUGGCUCUCAUCAAACAUGUACAGUCGAAAGGAUACCCCAAUGAACGUUUUGAACUCCUCACCAACUUUCCUCGAAGGAAACUUUCCCAUCUGGACUAUGACAUCACAUUACAGGAGGCUGGUCUUUGUCCUCAAGAGACUGUCUUCGUGCAGGAAAGGAAUUAGUACUCCCAGCCUUGCCCACCCAUGUUAUCUUUGCCUACAAUAUUAACUCACCAGUGUGCAGUUGGCUCCAUGGGAUUACAGAGCUGAAAUCAGACAGCAGUUUGCUGGAUUCUCUUUUCUCUCCCUCCUUUCAUGCUACUCUUAGCAAAUGAACCAUGUGGAAACAGCAGGAUAGG